AUGGUGUUUCAAAUAGCGCGAUCUUUGCUGCUUUACAGACCAAUAACUAAAAGUUCAGGUGCACUAUCCCGCCUGUAUUCAACUGAAGUACCUCAGUUUGAAACUUUAGCAAUUUCUCAACCUAAAAAAAAUGUUUUCCAUGUAGAGAUGAACAGACCUAAAGAGCUAAAUACAUUUACUAUGAAUAUGUGGCAAGAACUUAAUGACUGUUUUACAUCAUUAAGCAAUAAUUCUGAAUGCAGAGUGAUUGUUCUAUCUGGACAAGGAAAGCAUUUUACCGGAGGUAUUAAUCUACAAAGUAUUCUUGAAGAAGGAACAAAAGUAGAAGAUAUUGAGGAUAUUGGCCGUAGAGCCAGGCAUUUUGAGAAAACUAUAACAAGGUGUCAGGAUGGAAUUACAGCACUAGAAGAUUGUGUGAAGCCAGUAUUGGCUGUGGUACACAAUGCAUGCGUAGGUGCUGGUGUAGAUCUCAUCACUGCUGCUGAUAUGAGAUACUGUACACAAGAAGCCUGGUUCCAAGUGAAAGAAGUAGACAUCGGUAUUGCUGCUGAUGUCGGUACCUUACAGAGGUUACCAAAGGUACUCGGCAACACGUCAACAGUGCGCGAGUUGGUUUACACCGGCCGAAAGGUGCAAGCAAAAGAAGCUCUAGAACUUGGACUUGUCAGCAGAAUAUAUGCAGACAAAGAAACAGCCGUGAAAGAAGUGUUGGACAUAGCAGAAACUAUAGCGAAGAAGAGUCCGAUAGCUGUACAGAACAGUAAAAUAAACAUGGUGUAUUCGCAGAGCAGACCUACUAAGGACGGGUUGUAUCACAUUAACUUAAUAAACCAAGCAGCGUUGCAGAGUGAUGACGUAAAACGUGGUGCUCUUGCGUCGGCUACUAAAUCGGAACCCGAAUAUGAAAAUUUGUAA